UUUGCAGAUAACCAAGAGCCGCCGCGCAUAAAGUGCAAUCUUCGGAAGCACAAACCUAACAGAAAGCCUAGAACUCCCUUUACAACCCAACAACUCCUAUCACUCGAGAAGAAAUUCAGAGAGAAGCAAUACCUUAGUAUCGCCGAACGAGCUGAAUUUUCAUCAUCCCUCCGACUGACAGAAACCCAGGUGAAGAUUUGGUUCCAGAAUCGACGUGCUAAAGCGAAAAGACUUCAAGAGGCUGAACUUGAAAAGAUCAAAAUGGCAGCCUUGGGUCGAGGGGCACCUGGGGCUCAACUCUACAUGGGAUACUUUCAUCCAAGUCUCAUGGGGGGUGCGAUGCACUUAGGGUAA